UUAGCUUAUAACUCACGUUAUACGUGCUGCUAUAGACCACCCUCCUAUAUAAACCCAACAGCUCACUCUUAUUUCCUCACCUCCAGUUCUCUUCUCACUCUUAUUACUAAUCAGGCAAUCCAAGUUUCCGACUUAAUUACUUCAGUGAUCACAAACAUGGUAGCAGAUUUGAGUCUCUGUAAUAUCACAGUGAGGGAGUUCGACCCGAACAAAGACUGUUCCGGCGUCGAAGACGUCGAGAGGCGCUGUGAUGUCGGCCCCAGCGGCGAGGUCUCUCUCUUCACUGAUCUCCUCGGCGACCCGAUUUGCCGGGUCCGGAACUCUCCUGCCUACCUCAUGCUGGUGGCUGAGCUGGGAGAGGAGAAAGAGAUAGUGGGGAUGGUAAGAGGCUGCAUCAAAACCGUUACAUGCGGCAAGAAACACUCCAGAAAUAGAAAAAACGUUACAGUUGGCCACCGCAAUAAUAAUGAUGACGAUAUUAUCAAACCGGUCCCGGUUUACACCAAGCUCGCUUACAUCUUGGGCCUUCGUGUUUCUCCUUCUCACAGGAGGAUGGGAAUAGGGUUGAAGUUAAUUAAGAGAAUGGAGGAGUGGUUCGCUGAAAACGGCGCCGAGUACUCGUACAUGGCCACCGAUAACGAUAACAAAGCUUCCGUUAACCUCUUCACCGGAAAAUGUGGCUACACCAAGUUCCGAACUCCCGCCAUUCUCGUCAACCCGGUUUUCGCUCACCGGGUUAAGGUAUCAAAACAAGUGACAGUCAUCAAGCUCACUCCCUCCGAUGCCGAGUCGCUCUACCGCCGCCGUUUCUCCACCACCGAGUUUUUCCCGCGCGACAUUGACUCCGUCCUCAACAACCACCUCAGCCUGGGGACUUUCCUCGCCGUGCCACGUGGCGCGUUCACGGAGGAGACGUGGCCCGGGUCGGACCAGUUCCUUGCCGACCCGCCCGAGUCGUGGGCCGUGAUCAGCGUCUGGAACUGCAACGACGUGUUCAAGCUCGAGGUUCGAGGCGCGUCGCGCGUGAAGCGCACAUUUGCGAAGACGACCCGGAUGGUUGACCGGGCCCUCCCUUGGCUGAAGCUGCCUUCGGUUCCGGAGCUCUUCCGACCUUUCGGAGCCCACUUCCUCUACGGCCUGGGCGGGGCAGGCCCACGCGCGGUGAAGUUUCUAAAGGCGCUUUGCGACCACGGGCACAACUUGGCGAAGGAUAGCGGGUGUGGGGUGGUGGCUACGGAGGUUUCGAACCAGGAACCGCUUAAGGCGGGAAUUCCACACUGGAAGAGGCUAUCGUGCGCCGAGGAUCUAUGGUGCAUCAAGCGGCUCGGGGAAGACUACAGCGACGGCUCAGUCGGUGACUGGACCAAAUCGCCACCUGGCAUGUCCGUUUUUGUCGACCCCAGAGAGAUCUAGUGUUUACGUAAAGAAUCCAAACUAGUUUGUAGAUUUUAUCUUCGUUCAGAUUUCAGGGCCCUAGCUCACUGUAACGUUUGUUCUUCAUGGAAUCAUGGUUUAGAUUAAGCAAAAGAUCAGAUAGUGUGGGAAAUGGGUUUUGUUCUGGUUUAUGUUUUAGUUACUUGUAGAAUGGAAUAUCCAAUCCAAAUCUAAUCUUCUUCAUUCUCAUCUUUUGUAAAUGGAACUGGC